AUGGCUUCCUCCUUGAAUAAUAGCCCUUUGCGCAGCAGUAGGGCGUCUCGAUCGUUUCCCAAUUUGCCUCAGCUUCCUGUUAUAUCGGAAAAUAAUGAUUGGCCCGGGCCAAUUGAGCCAAACACACAACCUCGAAGACUAGAGGCAUCGCCAUUCACAAGACAUAGCAAUAUCAGUCUCACGCACCUGGAGCAUGACGUCCCACCGCCGGCAUAUACGCCGUUUUUAAGCCAAGCUUGGACUAAUGCUGAAAAGCGUCCUGACUUGCGCAGCAACGAAUUCAUUUCCCGGCGUGGAGGAUGGAAAAGGCUUGGUGUGAUUGCAAUUAUUGUCAUUGCUUUGAUUGUCGGGCUUGUCGUCGGACUAGUCAUUGGUUUACGAAGGAAACAUCCCAAGGACAGUUCUACCACCACCCCACCGGCUACGACUUCAAGCUCGACAGUUUUCCCGGCAGGCUCCUUCACUUUGACCACGUUUCUGGAGAGUGCGAAUACAAAUUGCACAUCUAAUCCAGCCACAUGGCGUUGUUACCCAUACGCGACUUUUGCCCAGGAUCCCAGCAGCUCAACGAGCAUCUUCAACUGGGUCAUCACCCCGUUGCCAUCCCAUCCGCAAAAUUUUACCAUAUCAUCCACCGCGAACCCAUUUGCCCUUGAAUUCGACAAUGUCACGUUGACUCUGCUCGACGCCGACCUUCCGACGGAGCGGUAUUACUUUGCUCUUCCUAUGGACAAGACCAUUAUACCUUCGGCGCCCCUGACAUCCGACAAUGCACAGUCUGUCUGCUUUUACAACGCCACUACCUUUCAGGCGUCUCUUUAUACGAAAAAGGGCCAGACAUAUCCAUCCUCUGGACAGGCUUCACUGGCCUCAUCAGGAUCGCAAACAACAACGCCAUUCGAGCCCUGGCCGUUCGCGGUCGAGGUCGAGCAGGUCGUCAAUGGCGGCCAGAAUGUCCCGAUGUGUCGCGAAAGCGUCAAUGGUAAUCUCGGAGAUCGCAUUACCAAUGGCCUUUCUCCUCAAAGUGCAAAUAGCCAAUGUUCGUGCUUUUAUCAGAAUUGGGGCCAAGGGUCAUGA